AUGGUGAUGCUUUCCACCACCAUCUCGUUCUCCAUCUCCAUCUCCAUCUCCAUGCCUUCGUUGUUGAUGCAACCCACCUUUCUUUCAUAUUCUUCAACUACUACAUCUCUUCGUCCUCUCACUUCUCUUUCCCUCAGAAGAAACCAUUUUCCUAUUAGAAUUCGAACAACAGAGCCAAACAGCACAGCAGCAAACCCAAAUCCCAAAUUUAAGAUUUUUUCAACGCAGAGCCAAACAGCAUCAGCAACUACGGCAGUUGAGGAAUCGCCGCCAGCUCCAAAAGAUUCUGGUUCGGAUGUGAUUAGGAAAUUUUAUGGCCGAAUCAACGGCCACGAUCUCGACUCCGUGGAGGACCUCAUCGCCGAGAAUUGCAUUUACGAGGAUCUUAUCUUCCCUCAGCCAUUCGUUGGCCGUAAGGCAAUUCUAGAUUUCUUUAAGAAGUUCAUUAGUUCCAUCAGCACAGAUCUGCAAUUUGUUAUUGAUGACAUAUCUGAUGAAGAUUCAUCAGCAGUUGGGGUUACAUGGCAUUUGGAAAUAUUGUCAUUUAUUGCUAUUUUUUCAUGUGGAAAUGGAAAAAAAAUAGAGUGGAAGGGAAGGCCAUUUCCAUUCAGCAAAGGUUGCAGCUUUUACCGUUUGGACAUUAUCAAUGGGAAGAGACAGAUUAUAUAUGGGCGCGAUAGUGUGGAACCUUCUAUCAAGCCUGGGGAGACAGCUUUGGUUGCUAUCAGAGGAGUGACUUGGCUGUUAGAAAGGUUUCCAAGGCUUGUGGACCUGUUAUGACAGAAGACUGGAAUUAUUAUGACUGUACCUUUUUGUUUAUAUGAAUGAAGGUUAAGCUCCAUACAAAAGUUUCGUUACAAAUUAUUUCCUGGGAAGUGUAUCAUCAGUUAGUUAUGUUUUCUUUUUAAAGUUGUAAUUCUAUCAAGUUUAUAGAGAAAUAUAUCACAUUAUAAAUGUGAAUUUCAUUA